UGGAAUAGGAAUUGAGUUUGGAAAAGUCAAGUCCCGCUUCCCUGGAAUUCGGCGAGCCACCGCCAUGGACGACGAGUUCAAGCUGUGCUGGAAGAACUUCCAGGACAACAUUGCCAGCGGCUUCCAGAAUCUUUACGACCGCGGCGACCUGGUGGACGUGACGCUCGCCUGCGACGGAAAGCUCCUCCAUGCCCACAAGAUAGUGCUGGCCAUCUGCAGCCCCUACUUCCAGGAGAUCUUCACCACGAAUCCCUGCAAGCAUCCCAUCAUCAUACUCAAAGAUGUGAGCUUUAACAUUAUGAUGGAGCUGCUGGAGUUUAUGUACCAAGGCGUGGUGAAUGUAAAGCACACUGAGCUGCAGUCCUUCAUGAAGAUUGGCCAGCUGCUGCAGAUCAAGGGUCUGGCCACCAAUUCCAACUCCUCCCCCGGAUCGAGUGUCUCGGAGAAGUCUUCUAGUCAGCCUCCCGCGGAAGAAGCGAAUAGCACCAACCACCACAACAAUUCCAACUCUAAUAGCAAUAACAAUAGCAAAACAGAAGCGGAUCACAAUGAAUCCAAGGGACAGAGCAAUUCGAGGACCACUUCGCCAGGUUCUGCCGGCAGAGCGUCCUCCAACGAAGCUAGCCACCUGUAUACGUCCAGCAAACGACCCAUGCCGUCGGAUUUUGGCAGCGAUUCCCUGUCCAUUUACUCCGGCAAGCAGCUGAGGCGCUCCCUCAAGGAUCAUGGGUCCGGGGGAAGCGAAGGUGGCGGCGGCGGCGGCGAGAAUGCGGAUGGUGCAGCUGGAUUGGACAGCAGCCUGAAUUCCGAGGAGUUCUUCCUGCCGCCCAUUCCGCACAUAACAAUGGGAGAACAGCGUUACGAUCUCGGAGGCCUGAAGCGCGAAUCCGAUGGUCAUCAUCAUGGUCCAUCUUCGGGCGGCGGAGGUGGUAGCUCGGGCAGUCUCACUUCCUCGGCCUCGCCCUCUGCGCCGAUCCGAAAUCCCUUUGCCCCGGCCUUCAAUCUGGACAACUACAACUUCUACAAGAGCAGCGGCAACAGCAGCGGUCCCAGUGGCAGUUCAAAUAAUUCCCUGGGUCCCGGAGGCAUCAACAACAAUGGAUCCGUGGGCCUUUCCUCUGGCACCGAAUACCCCAACGAAUUGUACAUGCCCAACGAUUACUCGAAGAACUUUGCCAACCACAUGGACAUUCCCUCAAGCGGCAGCAACAUGGUGAUGCUGUCCACCACCUCGCUGCUCCACGGCAACUGCGUGUUCAACCGCAACAACACGGUGGCCACGCAGCAGGGCAUGAAGACCUACUGGCUGUGCAAGUCCUACCGGAUCAGCAUGUGCCGGGCGCGGUGCAUCACCCACCUGGGCAGGAUCAUCUCGGCCACGGGCGUCCACAACCACACGCCGCACAUGCGCGGUGGUCAGGGAUCGUCGGCAGCUGCAACAUCCUCGGUUUCUGGCACUCCCUCUGCCCCAGCGCCGAUUCCCAGCCAGGCGGGCUACUCUCUGGCCGAUGGUGGAGGCCACCUGAGCUCCGAUUUGCAGCACGGCAACCGAGUGAGCAACAUGUUUGCCAAUCAAACGCCUCCACCGCCGCCGCCGCCACCGCCACUUCCCGUAACAUCAGCGCCGCACCACCCGCAUCAUCAUCAUCACCAUCUGGGACAGGCGCUGCCCAAUCUCCUGGUGCAGCACCACCCGGCGCCGCCGCCGCACAUUGAGCAGCAUGGCGGCUCGGCGAACCUCAUGCACAAUCCCAAUCUGAUGCACCUGCAGGCGCAACAGCAGCACCAGCAGCAACACCACCAGCAGCACUCGCCACACAAUGCACCACCAACCCAGCAGCAUAAUUUGGAUGCUGGAGCAGUGCUCCUCUCGCCGGCGCAUUUGCAGCAAAGUCCGCAAUCGAAUCGCAGCAGCCACUCCCUCCAGGCACAGAGUCCACCUCCUCAGCCAGUGGAGGAGCAGCACCAGCAGCAACAGGAAGGAGCCACCACGGAGGGAGCCACGGAUUCCAGCGCGGCUCACGUGAUCAACUCCAUUACCAUAUCCCCCAACAGCAGGCACACCUUCAAGAUGGAGAACAUGUAAGGGGAUUCCCCCUUCGGAGGAGUAAUUUAUUUUUGCCUAGCUAGAGUUUGUAGUAGAAAAUUGAAUUUGAUUCGAAGACGAGAGAGAUGGUAACCAA